CGUCUUCCGGCACACGUCGUACGCGGAUGUGAGUGUAGCAGGGCUUUGAUGACUGACUAGAGUGAUUUCCCCGAGCUCUGCUUCAGCUGCGCGUCUCUGCACCGAUUAGGAGCCGUGGUCCCCCGCGAGAGAAGAGCGAUGGGCUUCCGAAAGAAGAGCAAGAGUCCUCCCGUGCUGAGCCACGAGUUCGUGCUCCAGAAUCACGCGGAUAUGGUGUCGUGUGUGGCCAUGGUCAUUCUGCUGGGACUCAUGUUCGAGGUGACAGCAAAAUUUGCGAUUAUGUUCAUCACGGUCCAGUAUAAUGUCACGCAGAGCCUGGACACAGAUGCAGAGGACAAGCCUGAGUCUGUCAACUACUACAGAUACGGUCCCAAGGACAUGGCCACGGUCUUCUUUUACCUGCUCAUUGCCAUAAUCCUUCAUGCCCUGAUUCAAGAGUACAUACUGGACAAAAUCAAUCGUCGGCUGCACUUGUCCAAAACCAAGCACAGCAAGUUCAACGAGUCGGGACAGCUGGCCACCUUCUACUUGUUCUCCUUCGUUUGGGGCUGCAGCAUCCUCACCAAUGAGGAGUUUGUGACAAACCCCACUUUUCUUUGGGAAGGUUAUCCUCAUAUCCACAUGGCUUUCCAGGUGAAGUUUUUCUAUGUCUGUCAGAUUGCCUACUGGCUCCAUGCUCUUCCUGAGCUGUAUUUCCAGAAAGUACGAAAGGAGGACAUCCCACGUCAACUUUACUACAUCUGCCUUUAUAUAUUUCACAUCACUGGUGCCUACGUCCUCAAUCUCCACCGUCUGGGGCUGGUUCUUCUGGUGCCACAUUAUCUGGUGGAGCUGCUCUUCCACGCCUCACGACUCUUCUACUUCAGUGAUGAAAACAAGCAGAAGGGGUUCACGCUCUGGGCUCUGCUGUUCGUCAUCACACGCCUCCUGACGCUCACCGUUUCUGUCCUGACGUUUGGUUUCGGCCUGUCCCGCACUGAUAAUCAGGGAUUCUCUUUAGCAGAGGGAAACUUUAAUGUGCUGACUGUCAGGAUGACAUGCCUGUCAGCCAUCUGCCUGACCCAGGCCUGGAUGAUGUGGAAAUUCAUCAAUUUCCAGCUGAAGAAGUGGAGAGAACAAUCUCAAAUCCAAGCCAGCAAGAAGAAAGCUGUCGGCCAGAAAAGCAGACCCAGCAAGAAGGACUCUCGGGGGGGUUCAGUCAAUGGAGUCAUGAAACCAGAUGACAAGACAUCACCAAGAGCAAGAAAAUCUAAAGCCUCGUAAGAGGAAACCGAGAGCAGGUGCCCAAAAUGUGAUGCUCUGUUUCCACUCUGAACUUUAGAAAAGAAACGGAUUUGAUAACCGCAAAAAGAACCACAGGAACAAACUAAAGAACUUAGUUGUACGGCAUGGUUCAGGUUUUAUUUGUCUCCUGUUUUUCCUGUCUGCAUCUUUAAAAUGAACUCUAGAUUUAUAAUCAAUCAUUAUAUCCAUAUGCUUGUGACUUUUAGCAAGACUGAGAUGUUUUCUGAGGGUUUUGUGAUUGACGUGAAGGGAAGAUGUUGCACUUGGCUUGACACUUGCUCAUUGAGUUGUGUGGUUUAUGUCCAGGAUCUGAUCGACAAAAAAGUUUCUGAAGCAUUUAUCCAGCCCUGAACACAAUUAAAUCCUAUUCACCGUGAUUUCUGCGCUUUCUAUGAAACACACGGUGUGGACCGAAGCGUUUGAGAAGUGUCCUUUGUUAACUGUUCACAUUUAGCCCCUCAGUCCUAUACGCUACUAUGAAGCUCAGUGAGAAACCCCAGGAUGAAGAGGCUGAGGUGGCGAAGGACUGCUACACCAAUCGUUUUACCUAGCUUUUAAAUGACCUGAGCUGUGUGAUUUUACAUUUUGAUAAUGAAUUUAGUGUCUCGUUUGCGUGUGAAUGUUGUUGUUCGAGGAUAAUCGUUUUAUAAUUUGUAUCGACAAUGUUUGAGGUGGAGCUGUUGUGUGUUGGUGUUGUGGUUGAGGUGAUUAGAUGAUGGCUCCACCUGCAGGCUUAGAUGGUCUAUUUCUGUAAGGAUUGAUAUCCAUUUUUGUAGAAGGGUUCAAAUGCUGACCCAGGACUAUUAAAGAGCCUAACUGGCCAGGUUUGGGAGAUGGUCCUCACUGCAUAACACAAGAUCCAGGGGGCGUGGUUGGAUCCAGAUCCAACUCCUCCCAACUUACAUAUACCUAAACCUACCCAUCUCCACCCCUAAACUUACCAAUCUCCACCUUCCCAUCUCUUCCCCUAAACCUACCCAUCUCCACCCCUAAACUUACCAAUCUCCACCUACCCAUCUCUUCCCCUAAAUCUACCCAUCUCCACCCCUAAAUUUAGCAAUCUCUACCUAUCAAAUCUGCCCCUAAACCUACCCAUCUUCACCCCUAAACUUACCAAUCUCCACCUACCCAUCUCUUCCCCUAAACCUACCCAUCUUCACCCCUAAACUUACCAAUCUCCACCUUCCCAUCUCUUCCCCUAAACCUACCCAUCUCCACCCCUAAACUUACCAAUCUCCACCUUCCCAUCUCUGCCCCUAAACCUACCCAUCUUCACCCCUAAACUUACCAAUCUCCACCUUCCCAUCUCUUCCCCUAAACCUACCCAUCUCCACCCCUAAACUUACCAAUCUCCACCUUCCCAUCUCUUCCCCUAAACCUACCCAUCUCCACCCCUAAACUUACCAAUCUCCACCUUCCCAUCUCUUCCCCUAAACCUACCCAUCUUCACCCCUAAACUUACCAAUCUCCACCUUCCCAUCUCUUCCCCUAAACCUACCCAUCUCCACCCCUAAACUUACCAAUCUCCACCUACCCAUCUCUUCCCCUAAAUCUACCCAUCUCCACCCCUAAAUUUAGCAAUCUCCACCUAUCAAAUCUGCCCCUAAACCUACCCAUCUUCACCCCUAAACUUACCAAUCUCCACCUACCCAUCUCUUCCCCUAAACCUACCCAUCUUCACCCCUAAAUUUAGCAAUCUCCACCUACCCAUCUCUGCCCCUAAACCUACCCAUCUUCACCCCUAAAUUUAGCAAUCUCCACCUACCCAUCUCCACCUGUAAAAACCCACUCAUCUUCACCCUAAAUUUACCAAUCUCCACUUACCCAUUUCCACCCCUAAACCACACAUCUCCACUCCUGAACCCACCCAUAAACUUACCUUGAAUAAUGAGGUGAUUAAGUUUUUAUAUGGACCACUCAUCUCUACGCACCCAGCUCCGCCCCUAAACCUACCAGUCUUCACCCCCUAGAUGUGGAUCCAACCACACCUCCUGGGUCUUGUGUUCUGCAGUGAGGGGCUACUGAAGAUUGGGACCUUGGUGCUUAUCAUUGAUACUUUACGGUUAUCGAUAUAAUCCAUAAAACAUAUCAAAGUAAUAACGCUUUUAGUUUCAGUUGCAAAAGCCUUGGAGCUUAUAAGAGAUUUUACUAUGACAUUGUGCAAGUGUGGAUUUUAUCUUCAACGCAAUGAAAGCCAGCCUUUUGUUUUAAAUUCUCAAAAAAUCUGAAGAGGUUUUAAGUGCAGGAGAAAGUUAAAAGUGCAUGUAUACUGAGCUAUACAGAAGUUUAUGAAGCCCUGAAGCUCUGUUUUGAUGUGAAAAGUGUUGAAACAUCACUCUUUCAUCACUUUGUGGCCUUUUCCUUGCUUUUGAGUGAUCUGCUCUGUUAUCUGUUAACUGCGCUCGACCGUGUCUGUCAGCACGUAGUUUAUAUGAAACCAUACGAUUCUUUAAGUGUCCUUAAACUGACAACAGUAGAAGUUCUUUCUGGGUUUGAGCACCGUUGCUCUCUUUGCACCUGUGUUUAUUAGUGUGAUGAGAGCGUUUGAUAUUCUUUUCCCCAUUGAAAUGUCGUGAAAAUGCAUGUUGCGAAUUUUCAAAGAAUUGGUCAUUGAAGCAUUUGAUGCCUAAGAGCAGAAAUAAAACUGUAGGCAUGCAAUCAAAAGUGGCCGUCUGUUAAUCUUUUUUUUUUGUAGUGUGAAAGCAAGACUCAAACUGCCAGUUUGUUGUUUCAUUUAUUUUCUGAACCCUGUCUUAACACACAUUGUGUCGGAUCAUAUAGAUGCUGUGUACCAGUUGCCAAAUAAUAUGAAAGGGACUCGCUGCUCUCUCCCAGUUACUUUGGUAUUGUGUGUACAAGUUAGAAAUCAUACAGUACCUGCUUUUCGGAUUAAGUUUGUAGGUCAAGUGCCUAAAUCUGGCUGCAGAACUGGGUCCAAAUGGAGUCAAUGGUUUGCUUUUGUUCGGUGCAUUAGUGAAAGAGCCCAGAUUCAAAGAUUUCAUAGAAACUUCCCCCGUGGCCUUCAUAACACACAGAGAGGUUUGUUUGUGGUGCAGAGCUAAUUCUGGGAAUUUAAGUUGGUGCUGGUUCUUCUCUAACAGAUGUCUGGAGGACUUUAGAUUUGAUAAAUACUAAAAUCUCCCACCUUUACACAAAAAUGAUCUUGGUUUUGUUCUUGUUCCAAACCUCUGAUUAACAUCCAUUGCAAAGUAGAAUGCUUUUUUCUCCAUGAAAGAGUUUUUUUGUUUUUUGUUUUCCAUUUAGUUUUGUUUGCUGAAUGAUCUUUUAAAGGAAAAUAAUUCUCUAGAGUAAUUCACUACUGAAUAAUUUUUAAACUAUUUUUAUAGCGUUGAACUGUUGAAAGAUUACCAUUAUUUAGAGCAUAUAAAUAUUUUACUGCUUAUGGGUUUAUUAUUUUUAUACUGUGUGGGAGAAGCUUUCUACCAUUUCAGUUGGACUGCAAAUGAUAAAUACUUUUGGUGACUAAAUGUUGUGAAAAUAUUACUCUUUCCCUGAUUUGUCAGUGUUUUUAAUUUGGGAUAUGAACAAGUGUGCAAUCUGGUUUAUUUUUGAUUAGUGGGAUUCUAGUGGAUAAAAACACAAAGUGACGGUGAGAAUAAACUUCACACGCUGUCAUUGUUCUGUCAUGUGAGAGAUUACUGAAUAACUGUGGUGUUUUCAUGUGGCUUAGUGGUUUUGAUUUUGUGUAUAUAAAUGUAAAUGGGGGAAAAAAUCUAAUUCACAAAAUACAUUUUUACAAUAUUGUUUGCAGUGAUCAGUCAUCAUCAUAAUUAUUCUGAUAUGUCACAUUAAAAGAUGCACCAAAGCCUUCUGGAAGAUCAGAUACACAGAAGCUCAAUUAUAUUUCACCAUGCUUUACAUGCCUGUAUGUUGACAUAUAUUGGUUUUUAAUAUAAAAUGUUAAUGUAUGUAUUUAUGCAAGUCUGUGUGAUGCUUUUUGUAUGUUUGUCCUAUUUGAUUAAAUCUUUUGCGUAACCCUA